AAUGCUUUCUCCGGAUCCGAAAUAUAUUUUUCGCGGCAAUAUGAGUUGUGUUCACUGUGUUCUUUUUUCUAUAAAUCCUAAUGCAGAACAUCUUUAUGCCGGCACCAUCAAAGGCAACGUUCACAUUUGGAAUUUAAAUACGAACAGGGAGUUAUGCCAGAUUCCAUCAGGGAAAGAAUCUUGUUUGAGUUUGCUAUGUAUGAAUAAUGACUUGUUUGUUCAACAUAAAUGUGGUUUAAUAAAAGCAUAUAAGAACACAGGGUCUCAGUGGAUUCUAAACAAAUCCAUUGAUACAAAUUUCUAUCAUUAUUGCAGAUUUCAGUCAUUAUCUGAACAUGAAGUAUUGGUUCCACUUGAGGAAUCCACUGUUGGAAUAUUGUCCACGAAUACUUUUAAUAUAGGAUUGAAAUUGAAGUGUUCAGGUAAUGAAGAUUUAGGAGAAGCAAUGGUGAUUAAACCAUUGAGAAAUGAAAGACUAGUUUUGGUGGGUUACGAACGAGGAACAGUAAUUCUGUGGGAUAUUAGACAGAGCAGAGUUUUGAGUUCUCUCAAAUUAGAGUCAUGUCCGAUGGCUUUAGAUUUCGAUAAUAAUGUAAUGAAAGGAGUUAUCGGUAGUCCUUCUGAUAACAUUCAGACGUUUUCUUUAUCAGACAAUUCACUGUUUGUUAAUAACAAGAUACCUCUCACAAAUCCUGGCAUUUCUGUAAUUACAAUAAGGCCUGACGCUAAGAUCAUGGCAGCUGGAGGAUGGGACAGCCGAGUUAGAAUAUUUUCUUGGAAGAACCUAAAACCAUUAGCUGUUUUAGAUCAACAUAGAGAAACUGUACAAGAUAUUUGUUUUUCUUUAGCUAGAACAAGAACAUAUGAUAAUAAGUAUUUAAUGGCCACAGCUGCAAAAGAUGGAUAUGUAGCAUUAUGGGAUAUUUAUAAUUAAAUUAGACUGUAAGACUAUCAUUGUAAUUUCUAAACGAAUAUUUUCUAAUAAUAAAUC